UCUUUUUUUUUGAAUUAUUAUUUUAUUUUUAUCAGAUUUUUACAAGAUCUUGGAAACUUAUUUUUACCCUGAAUUUUACCAAACGUCCCUUUUGGCUUUUGCUUGAAAAGGAAUCUUUUUUCUUCCGUUGGAUUAGAUUUAUUGUGGAUUUAAUGUGCUGUUAGCUGACGUGGCAUGCACCCAAAACCGAAGAAGCCAAAAUGAGUACCAAAACGAUGCGUCUACCGCCCCGUCGGGUUUUAACGCCGUCAAACAAGCGCAAAGAGGAAGAAGACACCGGAGUUGACGCCGUCCAAGUCCCACCGUCAACGACAAAAAAGCUGAAGACGGCUCAGCCUCAAGCCGAGCCGCAUAAUGAGCCAGCCGCGGCUUAUUCCAAUCAGCUCCUGGCUGGGUACUUGGCCCACGAGUUCCUUAACAAGGGAACACUAUUCGGCCAGCCGUUUGACGCGGCGCGAGCCGAGUCGUCGGCCGGCUCGGCUCAGGAGCCGAAGCAGCGUCGCGAAGAUGAAGCCGAAAGGAGAGAUGGAGCCGAGCCGCGCUUUGAGAGUCUCCAGAGAUACGUGGCGGUAGCUGAUUUGUUGGGCUCUGAUGGGGCCCACUUAGCUGGCGUUUUCAACCCUACACAACUUGCCCGCUUUCUACAGUUGUAAUUGUUAGUGGGAAUUUGCGGCAACACGUGUGCCGAUCCCGUUGGCGAUCCCGUUUUGCUCCAAAUUGAAAGAUGUAAAGAAUUUUCUCUCUCUCUUUUGUUUAUUUAUUUAUAUAUUUUUUUAUAUUAUUGAGAAAAUAUUUUGCCCGUGAGAAUUGCAAGAAAUAUCCCCCUUAUAUUUGAUAACCAAUACGGGACAUGCAUGCUUGGGAAACGUUUUUGUGAUUGAU